GCCAACUCCCCAAGCCAGUCCAGUCCUUCCGUCCACCCAUCCAUCGUCCCCGCCUGCACCUCGCGAGCAUCCAAAGCUGUACUUGCGGCAAGUUCUCGCAAAAUCCUACUCCCACCGCCGACUCGUACCUCCGCUCCCCUCCUCCCCAACCCUUCCACGCUUGCUUCUCCGGGAGGGAAGGCACACGGGAGGUCGCCCCGCCACCCAUCGCAAAAGCCACGCGCCACCAAACUCUUUUUUCCCUCACCCAGUCGCUUUCGCGUUCAGCGCGAGCUGAGCCAGCCAGUGGGUCGGUCGCUGGAGGCGGAGCCAUAAAGGCGUCAGCGACGGCAGCAUGAUGAGCGGCAGAUCGGGCGGGAGGGACGCCGAGGGCGAGUGGGAGGUUCGGCCCGGCGGGAUGCUGGUGCAGCGCAGGGACGGUGAGGCGGCCGGCCCCGUCAUCAGGAUCAGGGUCUCCCACGGCGCCAACUUCCGCGAGGUCGUCGUGCCGGCGCAGGCUACCUUCGGUGAGUUGAAGAGGAUCCUUGUUCAGACUACUGGCUUGGAGCCUGAGAGGCAGAGGCUCUUCUUCCGUGGGAAGGAGAAGAGUGACAGAGAGUUCCUGCACACGGCAGGUGUUAAGGAUGGAGCAAAGCUGCUUCUGCUCGAGAAGCCUGCCCCUGCCAACAUAGAGCAGAAGGUUGAGCCUGUGAUUAUGGAUGAAAGCAUGAUGAAGGCAUGUGCGGCUGUUGCUCGUGUUAGAGUUGAAGUUGAUAAGCUGUCUGCUAAGGUGUGUGACUUGGAGAAGAAUGUACUAGGAGGGAGAAAGGUUGAGGAUAAAGAAUUUGUUGUCUUGACGGAGCUGCUUAUGAUGCAGCUGCUGAAACUCGAUGGCAUUGAAGCUGAAGGAGAAGCAAGGGCACAGAGGAAGGCUGAGGUGCGCCGAGUUCAGUCCCUUGUGGAGACCUUGGAUAAGCUGAAAGCAAGAAAUGCAAACCCCUUCAGCGAUCAUAAUAAGGCUGUUUCAGUAACAACGCAGUGGGAGACGUUUGAGAACGGCAUGGGCAGCUUGAGUGCUCCACCUCCCCGUGUUUCUUCAACGCAAGCUAACACUGACUGGGAGCAGUUCGACUAGGCUCAGAUGAAGCUGUUGAUGUAUCAUGAAAUCUGUGAGAUCGGUAUGGACAUUCCUUUCCGAGGCAGCGAGGUGUUGUGUAUAUGCACCACGUUUGAUAACUUUUGGCGUCCCAAGUGCCUGUGAUUCUGUGAAUGUUACCAGAUCGUGCCACUGCCAUACUACCAUGUGAAUUGCAUCGCUCAUUGAGGGUCAUAUUUC